AGUGGAUUCAGUGCGUUGCGAAUAUUCAGCUGAGAUGGUCGGAUUUUCUUCGGAAUAGGUAGAUGGUUUUAGUUUCGCUACACUCAGUUUAAACAGUGCGGAAACGGGAAGCAGUUUGAGCGUAAAAGACAACAGGAUAACGAUUGAUUAUAUUUUGACACUACGUUCGAUAAGUGAAUUAGGUUUGAUAGAGUUUCACAACAGCGGAAGCAGAACAUCCACAGAACCGUGGCGUAUCGUGAGGCAACGUGGUGGUAUCGAAUUCGAUCAGUAAGUGCAGUCAGUGAUGGUUGUUUUUUCCUUGUGCCAUGCGAUUAGAUAUUGGCCACAGUUUGAAGUGAUUUUACCGAGGGAGGUAUGUAUGUACAUCGGUGCAAAAGCAACAUGCUAAACGGCGCCUGGUCGUGAAAAACGAAAAAUAAUUGCUCGCUGGUGGGAAGGAACACAGACAGUUGCUAGGAAUAACGCUGGACCCCCUCAAAUUGAUUAGAGUAGGCGCGUUGCCCGUGGUAUCAACAGGUGCGGUGCCAGUUUCUGCCGUUCGAUUACCUAGUACAAAACAAGUUGAUGUUAUCGAAAUGAGCUAAUCGAUACCGAUUAAUAGCGCCCUUGAAAACAUUUUUAACUAGAAGAACAACUUUUGAGCUGCUAUUAAGAGACCGUAACGCACAAGAAUGGAUCCAUUGAGUAUUGGUUCCAGUGUGCUCAGUCUGCAUCAACGAGAAAACAGUGAGCAGAACACAGAGAAUGCAUUUCGCGAAGUCAUAUCCAGUUGUCGGUCACUCAGCAAGUACGAGACAAGCACGAGAUCGGCACUACCGCAGAUCUUCUCGGCGAUCAUCGCAGCGGCUUUUCACAUAGUCAUUGGCAUUUCAUUGGCGUACUCGGCGAUACUGAUUCCCCAGCUAGAGGACCCCAACAGUGACGUGGUAGUCACCAAAGCGCAAUCGUCAUGGAUAGCCUCAAUUAUUGUGAUAAUGGUCCCGAUCGGGUCUCUAUUUGCCGGCGUGCUCAUGGAGUAUCUAGGCCGACUGAAUACGAUUAAACUGGCCGCUAUUCCGUGCAUCAUUGGUUGGAUUGCAAUCGCUCUGGCUGACAGUUUCUUCUGGAUAAUGGUAGGUCGUGUGCUAACUGGCUUUGCAUGUGCCAUAGGAACUAGUCCUGCCAUCGUGUACAUUACCGAAGUUUCUCGUCCCGAUAUGCGAGGAUCGUUGAUUUCUUCUGGACCAACCAUUGCUUCCUUAGGAAUGGUCAUCGCUUAUGCUAAAGGUGCCUACAUGGAUUGGCGGUUGGUGGCAUGGAUAAACAUCGUGUACACAAUCGUUCCGGUUCUGUUGAUUCAACUAUUUGUACCUGAGUCUCCCGUUUGGCUGGUUUCCAAGGGACGCAUCGAGGACGCUGCUCGAUCACUAAGAUUUCUAUACAAAAAAUAUCCUCAACCGGAGCACACAAACCAAUCGCUUUCAGAGAUGCACCUUAACGCGCUAUUGAAGGAACGAGAGGCUAAAAUUCGUGAAGCCGAGCGAAGUAUGGGCAAUAAUAAGUCCAAAUUCAGAGGUUUCCUCAAACCUACGGGUUAUAAACCGAUGAUUAUCCUGUUCUGGUUCUUCUUGAUACAGCAAUUCAGUGGAAUUUAUAUUACAUUGUUUUUUGCGGUGACCUUCAUCCAGGAUGUAGGCACCGAAGUUAACGCUUACACCGCUUCGAUUUUUGUCGGAUUGACGCGGUUCACAAUGUCUUUACUGAACGCUUGGCUUUUGAAAAAAUUCGCACGCAGACAUUUAGUUAUGAUAUCGACAACGGGAAUGGCAGCUUGUAUGUUCGUUUCGGGUUUGUUUACCUUGUGGAUUAAGGAAGGGACCACAACCUUAACGUGGGUCCCAGUGCUUUGUUUGUUGCUGUACGUCUGUGCGUCAAUGAUUGGACUGCUAACUAUCCCGUGGACCAUGACUGCUGAAUUAUUUCCCACAGAAAUUAGAGGAAUCGGUCAUUCAAUUUCGUACUCGAUGGCAAACACGUUGAUGUUUUUGGCGGUUCAGAGCUAUCGAUCUAUCAGCGAUCUACUCGGCGGAGCGUAUGCUGUCCAGUGGAUGUUUGCUGCCGUGUCGGUGUUGGGUUUCUUAUUUGCUCUUAUUUUCCUACCGGAAACGCAUGGCAAAUCGCUAGCGGAAAUCGAAGCCUAUUUCGCUGGUAGCAAAAAGCGUACUCCCGUGCAAAGCAAUAUAUCCACCGUUCACCAUAGCACUGUGACUGAGCACCUGAUUAAAAGCCCGAGUUCAGCCUCAUUCAAGGUGCGAGAGGCCGAGACCAUGCUGAAACAUAGGGAAGCGGCUUGAGGUGGCUUUUCUAUCCUCUCCGUCGAAUCGUACUUAUUGAUGCACCACUGAAAUAGGCUCGUGGCACGUAGCAAUUUCAUAGACAUGAUAAGUGUACUUACGUAUUAAACGUACAAAAAACCCAGUAAAGGUUUUCCAUUCAGAAUUCGAGUGUUAUAUUUUUAUAGAAUACAUAUUAGAUAGUAGAGAUGAAAGUAUUAAAACUUCGCUUAAUAUUUAUUGUUAAACUUGAGAUCCUUUAGAAAGUUUAUUUUAGAUAGCUAGACAGAUCAAUUCGUCGAAUUAUGUGGCUUUACUACUUACAGCAAUGAAUGAACGAUUUGAUUUCCACGUAUCACAACGUAGCAACAUGAGAUGAAAUGUUUGAAUAGUAUCACGUACGCAUAUGACGAAAUUUAAUUGUAAUUUUUAUGAUUUUUCUAACUUUUUUUUUAUUUUUCACGCAGCAAGUUUGUAACCAUUCUUAUUUGAUACUUUUGUGAGAGUGAAUUGAUCGAACCUAGACUUUUUUUUGCAGUUUGAUUUGGGAAAUAGUGAUACCUGAAAAAAUGCGAGUAAAUGUGAGCUUGAAAUAACAAAGAAAUUCGUAUUGUAGGAUUAACGCCGCUGCAAUCGUACUACUUCUCAAUAAAACAUUGAUGAAUCGUAUAUAAACUC